GUUUAUCAGAUGGCGAAGAAGAAAUUCUUGUUUAUGCAGAGUUUGAAGACAGUGUAAAAUUUGAUAAAUACAGCAGCAUUCAUGUUUUGGGAAUUGAUACUAAAAACCCAAUAUUCCAAUUAGAUGAUACGAUUUUUACAGAACAGGAAAACUUGCAAGAAGAAAAAUCAUCUGAAUGUGAUAACAUUAGACCAGCUGAUUUUAAAAGCAUAGAUGAUGCAUUAGAGCAAUUUAAAAAGAGCUGGGAAGAAAAUGCUACUAAAGAAUAAUUUAUAUUGAUCAUGUCCAAUAUAAAAACUAGAAACCAUAAACAUUUAAGAAACAAAAGUAUGGAGUGUGUAUUUCACACAUUGAACAGGCGUUGCAUACGAAUGAAGAAGAAUGAAAAAAAGGAGAACACAAACAUAUUAUUUUCAACAUUGGAACAACUCCUGAAAAUGAUGCGUUCUACGGACAAGCUUUUCGACAGUUUAAGACCUCGGCUUGAUUUUCUUGGCAGUUAUUUUGAUAGACUACGCCUCAGUAAACCUACUGAGUAUGACAUCAAUGUUGUUCUUACUUUUCCAAUCAACUAUGGAAAAAUAAAAUUAGAUGCAUCAAACUGCCAAAACGAUUACACUGCUAUUGUGAUGCCAUCAGAGUUUCGAAGGCUAUCACUUACACCAGCAUUAUCCAGUCAGGGCUUCACAAAAACUCAUUUGUGGUGCGACAAAAAUUAUCGAUUAUCUGUAACGAAAUUUCGUUCAUGGAUGCAGAGCACUGUUGAUAAUGCUUUAAACAGUUUACCUCUAAAAGAUGGCUAUAGAAUUUUGGAAAUCAAAAAUAAAUCCUUUAGGUUAUAUUCUAAAACAUCAGGACCCGCAAAUACGAUAACGAUUUUGAAAUGUGACGGUAGCGUGAUUGAUGUUGACUUAGUCCCAACAUUUUUAUUUCACCUACCCACAAAACCAAUAAAUUCAAAAGUUGACUUUUCAAAAGUGGAAUCAACAAAUAAUCGAAGCUAUUUUGUGGUACCUAAACCAGGUAAUGACGAUUUCAGUUGGAGGGUAUCUUUUCCUCUUCAGGAAAGACAACUUUUAAGAGACAUGAACAAUUUGAAAGGCACUAUAAGGUUGCUGAAAUACUUCAGAGAUGUUCAAGGAUUCACAAAACUCUCAAGUUAUUUUAUUAAAACGCUAUUUUUAUGGGAAUGUGAGGCGAAUGAAAAUUUUUGGAAAAAUAAAUCAUUAUCCUAUCUAGUGCUGUUUAUGCUGAAGAAACUCGCGAACUGUUUAGAGGAGAACAGAAUAAGAAAUUAUUGGUGUUCCAGUCAUAACCUGCUUGAGAAAAUUAAACCUAGUACCUGCCAAAAUUGGUAUCAUAGAACUUCUUUAAUUUUACGAGAGAUAGAAUCUAUUGGUGCAAGAAACCCUAACAUUAUUUUAAAGUACUUUACUGUUGAUGACAAUAAUUAUUAACUGAUGUAUGUUGAUUUAUAAAAUAAAGUAUAAAUAAGUAAAAA